GAAAAGUAUUUAUUGUGUACAACAAUUUCGUGUACAAACGACAAACAAAUUCUUGAACAAGUAACUGUUAGAGCUCAUAUGAAAAAGCCAAUUAAUUCCGACUAGAUGCGGUAGAAAUGCACUUUAUCGAAACAGGUUCGAAUAAAGAUAGCUAGACACAAAUAGUCUACUCUACCUGUUAGGUAUGCACCCUUUUAAAAAGAAGAACGCACGUAAAAUACCAACAAAAUAAUUGAAGAACGGAACGUCGUAGAACGAGGGGACGAGGGAAUUCACAUACCAGUUUAGGGUGAAAAAACUAUAAAGGGAGUCACAGACACUGAUUUUUAAAUCCGCUGUGGGAAUGCCACUUUGAAACAAGUUUCAGUCGAACGUUUUUAAAGGGACCGGUAACAAGUGACGCGCUUAGGUACUCUUACAGGUGAUCCUUUCAAUAAAAUUGAUCAGUCGGAACGAAAAAUGAAGUACAGGUUCGAUUUAAUUCUGAUAUUAUUCACAUCAUAUUUAGUAAAUGUGGUUUUGGCGUUAAAUGUGACAGAGCAGGCUAUUGCGAUUCAGCCAACAGAAGCAUCAAAAAGUUCAAAAACUGAUAAAACUGCAGACGAUCAAACAGAUCUUAUUAAACAAAUAUUGUCAGCAAGGACAACAGUUGCUACAACCACAAUUACGAUCCCCAGUGCAACAACCGUUCAAUCAUUUUCGCCGGAAAAAGAAAACGAAGCAGAACACAUUUUUAAACGAGGCAAAGAAAAUGACAAAAUGAAGAUUGAAGGAUUAUCUAUUGAAGAAAUAUUGAAAAAAUGCAAAGAAGCUAAAGAACAAACCACUCAAAAUUUCGAGAAUGCGGAAAACAUAAACCCAGAUACAUUAAGUCAGAAUAACAUAGCAAAUUAUAUAGCUAGUUUACAGUAUGGUGUUAAUAUGAACAACGGUAAAGCUCAAAUCAAGUAUCCCCAAAAUAUGAAUCACGCAGACAUCCAAAAUCAUUUUCUUCAAAAUAUGAAUGCAGCUGAUGCCCAAAACAAUUUUCUUCAGAACAUAAAUUCCGUUGAAGCACAAAAUCACUUUUUUCAAAAUAUGAAUUCCGCAGAUCCCCAAGGUAGUUUUCUGCAGCAAUUGAUUGGCCAGUAUUACGGCAAUAAAAUUCAGAAAGAAAACUCAAAUAAUAAUAACAAUAAAUAUCAUAGUACCACGAUUAGUCAAGAUGCACAAGAACAAGUUCAAACUUUCGGUCAACAGCAACCUACAUACAAUACUCUACAAAAUCAAUUAAAACCAAUACAAUUGGUGCCCACUAUUUUACAAAAAGUGAUUUUGAAAGAUGGAUCAGCGGUCUAUUACUGGCCAAGAAAACCCCAAUCUGCUUCCCAGACAUCAAGUAACAUUUACCAACAAAUAAAUUCCGUUAAUAAUAAUAACGGCUUCUCACAAGAUUAUCAGGCUCAAGCAUCUCAGAGCUUAAAGCAAUCUUUCGAUACCACAAGCAAUAACAAUCCUUCCAACAAAAAAUCACAAUCGAAAAUAAGAGAUCUGCCCAAGAACGAAAAGAAAUCGGAUAUAUUACCAGAAUACGAAAUUAAGUACGACUCUGGCGUUGCAACUAACAGUAAACCAUCGACACCUUCAAAUUAUAAUCAACAACUUAAAUUUAUAGUACCGUUUAGAGGUUGCAAAGACGAAGUGCCUACACGGUACCCGAAUCAAUUUGAUCCCUAUGCAUACCUUGCAAAGCCAAUGCAACCCUCUGAAAUUAAUCUACGUGUACCGUACGUGCCAAGAUUCCAUGCUAUAAAAACAUUAACAAUUCCGGAUAGUCUAGCAAAUGUCGAGUUAUCCGUCGAUGAGAUAAACAAACAACAAAAAUGAUAACUUUCCAACUACAAAUUAUAAUAAAUUAAAAUCCAUGUAAUAUCCGUUGGAAGAAUUCUUUUUUUGUUUAAUAAACUUUAACGUUUUUUUUUUUUAUCUUGGAUAAUAUUACAAAACUAUUACUGUUUUAGCCGUUGCCAAAUAUUAGUACAAAGUCUUAAAAUGUUUUCCAAUAUGUUCAAUACAAUUUAUUAUAUGUACAUUAUAGACUUCGCACGUUUAAUUAUAGUUGUUACUGCUUAUAUUUUAUUUUAUUUAGGUAAAUAUAAAUAUAUUUUACGUUAGUAUGUAUUUUUGUAGGUGUAUCAAACAUUGAAUAUUCAGUAUAUAUGAUACAAUGACAAUGCUACUAAUCAAAAAUGUACUAUCUUUAUAAAAAUAAUUUUUAAGUAAAUUUAUUUUUCUGUUUGCUGAAGGCGUAAAAUACGUUGGGUCGGUAGUGCAAUGAUUUUAUGGUUUGCCUUUAUAUACAUAUAGAUAUUAAAAUUUUGUACAGUACCCACUUUUUUUAACAAUAAAAAUAUCCUUAAAAUAAAAUUUUCAUUUCCUACAUUAUAAGGUAAUGUUACUAUAAAAAGCAAGUGUGAUUGCAAAA